UUCACGUGUCAACCUGGCUAGUUCCGUUCCGUUCGUUGCGGAGGAGGAGCUGUGCGUGGUGAAGUUGCCUGAAACGAUAGAAGAGCAUAUGCCAUUGCAUGUGUUUAUAGUAGAGCUAUUUGCUUAUAGUUUUACUAACUGAAUUACCGUGGUCUGAUUUGACGAGAUGACACAAAACUGCAGACCCCUCCAGCGCCCUGGUGUCGGAGUCGGGGUUCUGGUCACAGAUUCAGCUCAUUCCAGCUGCGUCCUCGUUGGGAAGCGAAAAAGUGCAAUGGGCAAAGGAACGUAUCAGCUACCUGGCGGUCAUCUAGAAUUUGGAGAGACCUGGGAAGAAUGCGCACACAGGGAGGUGAUGGAAGAGGCAGGAGUGCGCCUGAAAGAAGUCAGGUUCGCAUCCGUGGUGAACUCCAUCAAGCUCGAUGAGCAGUACCACUACAUCACCAUCAUCAUGCAAGGAGAAGUGGACAGGAGCUACCCAGCAGAGCCAGUCAAUCUCGAACCAGAGAAAAAUGAAGGUUGGACAUGGACACGGUGGGACCAAUUUCCUCAAGAGGACCAACUCUUCCUGCCUCUGGCCUGCCUGAGACAACAGGGCUUCCAGCCGUUCAACACCACAUAACACUGCAGCUACCCAGAAACAGAGAAGAGAGGGGCGAAGCACAGGGAUAGAAGAAUCCAUUAGAACUGCUUUGUAGGACCUAAUCAAGUCAGGCAGUUGGGUAUACAUGGUAACGGUUGAACUAAUGUUGAUUAGCACCUUUGGUUGGGUAAACAUGGCAACGGUUGCUGGACUUAUGAAGGGACAGCUCAUGGAUCUAACAGAAGGAAGUUAUGACAACAAAUCAUUACGGUUUGAGUGUAUUUAUUUAAAUGAAAUGUUAAUGCAAAGCACACUACUACAAAUAACCUGUAUGUGUUUUGUCAAUAUUAAAAGUAACAUAAGAAGUAGAUGAUAAUUUAA